GGUGUAAACUGUAAAUCCACACAUUUCCGCUUUCUCUCUGUCUCAGUUUAUCACAGAGCAUUUGCUGUAAAACAAUCUCAUUCGUUGUCUUCUUCAUCUUCUCCAAAAGAAAACGAGAAGUAGAGAUGGCACCCAAAAAGAGAACGGCAGUGGAUCCUUCUUCUAGGGUGACUCGGAGCUCAAACCGCCUCGUCAACGCCAACUCCGACACCCAACCGCAGCCGCCGAAGGCCAAGAAACCCAAAAAAGCCGUCGCCCCGAAGAAAGCCCAACAGCCGCCGCCCGCCGAAGAUGAGGAAAAAGGCCAGCCCCAGUCGUCACCGGAGAAGCCGCAGUUGUCACCGGAGAAGCAAGGCGCAGAGGUUUCAGAUGUUGCCUCGAAGACCAUCAUCAUCGAGCACUGCAAGCAGUGCAACUCGUUCAAGACUCGGGCUUUAAAGGUGAAAGAAGGGCUAGAGAAAGCCAUUCCCGGCGUGAAAGUGGUGGUUAACCCGGAGAAGCCGAGAAGGGGCUGCUUCGAGGUCCGUGAAGAAGAUGGGGAGAAGUUCAUCAGCCUUCUGGAAAUGAAGAGGCCGUUUCAGCCGAUGAAGGAUCUUGACAUGGACGAGGUCAUCUCCGGCAUCAUUGAGAAAAUCAAAUGAAAUAUCAAAUCAAAGUUAGUCUUUGAUUUCUUCAUCUUCUCCCUUUUUUGCUGCAGUUAAUUUCACAAACAUUGAUGUGCACUCAUGGAGUUGAACAAACUGUGCUUGACAGUGUGAUCUGAAAGCUCUUCCCUUUUCUUUUGUGGUUAUAAUGUUGAUUAAUCUGUGAUGUGGAAUCCUUUGUUCUAUUGAUAUCUCUUUGCUGAUUACGUUAGAAUUUAGCACUCAGUAAGAAUGUACUAAGUAUUUUUUUGAGAUAUUUUUAGUAUAUCUUGGAAGAACCUCAACAUGAGGUGGGCAAAAUUAUUCUAAACUACCUGUACAUUACCCAGAUUCUAGAAUAAAAUUGACUAGAUUUUCACACCUUAAGGACUUCAAGUAACC